AUGAGCUCGCCCUUGGCUUCAGGUGGUCCUGCACCGCCGUCAAGCCGAAGAGCCUCGCGGUUUACAAGACGAAGUUACCUUAGAAAUGGAACAUUCAUCUUGCCAGCGACAGGCGAACGCGUGCGACGGCAGAUUACCUUGAGAAAUCCUGCGAACUUCCGCCCUAAUUCUUCAGAUGACUCGAAUGACCCUAACCAACCGUUACUGCGCUUCCGAAGACCAUACUCUCGAGCGAGUACGUUCCAUACCGCUGUGGAGAAGUCGCUUGCUGUGCUAAAUGAGUUCUGGCAAUGGCUGAAGACCGAUACUGCGAAAGCUAUCCUGAAAUGCUCUUUAGCAUACUUGCUUGGGAGCAUGGGGACUUUCCUCCCACCCCUUGCGCGGUUCCUGGGAAAGCAAGAUGGGAAGCACAUAGUGGCAACGAUUACGGUUUAUUUUCAUCCUGCGAGAUCUGCGGGCUCGAUGGAAGAAGGGACUCUACUCGGUGUUGCUGCGUUUAUAUAUGCCACCUUGAUCUCCAUUUCCUCGAUGGCUGUGUCUGUGUUCAUAGGGUCUAAGGCGCAUAUUGUCGGUCUUGCCUAUACUCUCAUCCUGCUAGUCUUCUGUGGAGGAGGACUAGGGCUCACUGCUUGGGUUAAACAAAGAUACAGCACGCCGCUGGUAAAUGUGGCAGCCAGUCUUGCCAGUCUUGGCAUCAUAACCGUCCUGACAAAAGAAAAUGCAGUUCACGUUGGAAUCUUCGAUGAUGACAAAAUAGUUCAGAUGAUGAAGAUGGUCAUAAUGGGCUUGGCUGCCUCUUUUUUUGUGAGCGUGUUGGUGUGGCCGGUUUCAGCCCGCACCGAGCUUCGGGAGACGAUGAUUAAAACUACAGACUCCCUUGGAGACAUGCUUACAAUGAUCACUGGAAGCUUUCUUAGUGGUUCAGAAAAGGACAUGAGCUCAUCAUCUUUCAAUACCACUCUGGCCACAUAUAAAUCUGUCAUCAUUCAGUUGACGAAGAAUCUCAACGAGGCUAAGUUUGAGCAUUAUUUUCUUGGCACCGAGGAGCAAUACAGGUUAGAAGCUAGCCUUGUAAAUUGCAUGCAGAUGCUAGCACAAUCUAUCGGUGGACUACGAAGUGCUGCAGCGACGCAGUUUAGUUUGCUCAGAGAAAGCUCUGUUUCUGGCGGUGUUGUUCCCGCCAACCGGGGUUAUUUCGACAUGGCAGAUAUCCAUGGAGGAUCCCCAUCUUCACCGUCAGUUAUCAGACCAGAACAUUUUGCUGUCCUGACGGCUAUAGAGGAGGCAUCUGAGGAAGGUAGUGCCACUGAGGAGCCUGGCCUUGGCUCAACGUUGAAGCGCACACCGUCGGGUACCAAUGUUGCCAGCGCCUCAAGUUCCAUGAUGCCACCCGUUCGGACACCGGCCGAGAUAUUUUCGCGUUUUAUUAUACAUUUGGGCCCCUGUAUGAAGUCCUUAGCGUACACGCUUUCUCAAAUACUCGAAGAGCUACCUUUUGGUAGCGGGCCGGAUUACGCCAUCGCCAUCAACGAGCAUUUUCACGCAAGCCUGACGGAUGCACUGAAGCUGUAUAGUGAUGCUCGGUCUGAAGCCUUGAGGGAGCUUUAUAAGUCCAAAGAAUUGGAUCGGGAUAGACCAGAGAGUAUCGAAGCGGAUUUCGAGGAAGUUGCUGCGAGUUGUGGUCAUUUUAGUUUUUCGCUUCAAGACUUUGCCGAAGACAUGCAAAACUUCCUAACAAUCCUCGAAGAUUUGAAAGAGCAAACCAAAUCAAGUCAACGGUCAUGGAAGUGGGCUCGAUUUUGGCAGAAAGCCAAGCACAGGGAAGGUCGAGGUACAAAUAACGACCCCGAUGGCGAGCCACUACUUGCCCAAGUCGGACAUACCGAGCAGCCCAAAGGUCGCCCCAAGCUGUGGUUGCGGCGGGGUAAAUCGACAUCUGGGAAAGCAGAAAACCAUGAAAAUUCUAAGUGGCCAAUUCAUCCUUGGAUUCUACGUAUAGUGAAGCUUUUUGAGCGAGAUGACCUUCGUUUCGCCAUAAAAGUCGGCGGGGGAGCCGCUCUCUAUGCGCUUGUCGCCUUUCUUCCAGCGACAAGACCAUUUUACCGACAAUGGCGAGGAGAAUGGGGCCUCGUCUCUUAUAUGCUAGUCUGUAGCAUGACAAUAGGGGCAUCAAAUACUACCGGGAUUGCUCGUUUUGGAGGAACUUUUGUUGGGGCUGUAUGUGCCAUUCUCGUCUGGGUUAGCUGCCAAGGAAACCCUUUCGCCCUCGCCUUUUGCGGAUGGUUGUUUAGCCUGCCUUGUUUCUACCUCAUCGUUGCUAAGGGGAAGGGCCCGCUCGGGCGAUUCACACUGCUUACUUACAAUUUGUCCUGCUUGUACGCGUAUAGUUUGUCUGUCCAAGAAGGUGAGGAUGACGACGACGAAGGAGGCGAUACACCAGCAAUUAUUGAAAUUGCCAUGCAUAGAGUGGUCGCUGUUUUCGCUGGAAUUAUAUGGGGUCUAAUUAUUACGAGAAUUAUCUGGCCUAUCUCUGCGAGGAGGAAGUUCAAAGAUGGAUUGUCACUGCUUUGUUUGCGAAUGGGUCUUAUUUGGAAGAGAGAUCCUCUGUCGACACUUUUAGAAGGAGAGUCUGCAAAUCCUUAUAUGAACUUGCAAGAGGAAUUUGCACUUCAACGAUAUGUUCGAUAUCUCGAUACUAUGAGAAAAUCCGCUGGAAGCGAAUUCCAGCUCCGCGGUCCAUUCCCUUCGAAGACAUACGGUCGAAUCCUAGACUCGACGACUAAAAUGCUUGACGCCUUCCAUGCCAUGAACGUUGUCAUCCAAAAGGAUCCGAUAAUAACUGAAGGCGAAGCCUCGCUCUUGCGGUACACAACAAUUGAACGGGCUCAGCUCUGCGCUCGGAUUAGUCAUCUCUUUCAAGUUCUCGCAAGCUCUAUAAAGCUGGAAUAUCCCAUCAAUGAAGGUGGCUUUCCUAGCGCCGCGAACCCACGAGAUAGAUUACUUGCAAAGAUCUUCCACUAUCGAAAAACUGUUGCUGGUAAUGAGCAUGAAGGCAGCGUGAUCGCUAAGGAUGAGGAUUAUGAAUUAUUGUAUGCGUAUGCUCUUGUCACAGGACAGUUGGCGGAGGAGAUCGAGAGGGUUGAGAGGGACAUUCAGUAUUUGUUUGGAGUUUUGGAUGAGGAUUUAUUGAAGUUAAGAUAG